AUGGGAGGAGACGAAGUUCUGAAAUUGGAAGAUGAAAAGAAGGGUUCCGCUUCACAGAAGGUUUCUGAACCAUGGGAGAAAUCAAAUCAUCCUCUUUACCUCCACCAUUCGGAUCAACCCGGAGCUGUCCUUGUGUCGCAGCCAUUGGUGGAAGACAACUACACAAAUUGGGUCCAGUCCAUGAGUAUGGCACUCACAAUCAAAAACAAGAAAGGUCUUGUUGAUGGCACUCUCAAGAGGCCGACACACAACCCUGAAGAACAACAGCAAUGGGAUCGAUGUGACACACUUGUUAAGACUUGGCUACUGGGAGCUAUGUUGAAGGAGAUAUCAGGAAGUGUGAUUCAUUGUAAAAAUGCAAGAGGUAUGUGGCUUGAACUACAGGAAAGGUUUUCUCAUACUAAUACUGUUCAAUUAUUUCACAUAGAAAAUGCUAUACAUGAUUGUGAACAAGGCACUACCUCAGUCACCUCGUUCUUCACCAAGCUGAAAGGGUUGUGGGAUGAGAAAGACUCACUUUGUGGCUUUCCUGCCUGCACUUAUGAUACUGCCACCGAAGUGAAGAGUUACAUGGAGACACAGAAAACAAUGAAAUUCCUUAUGGGUCUUAACGAAAGCUACGCUACUGUCCGCAGCAACAUAAUCGGUCUGGAUCCGCUUCCCACUGUGAACAAGGCCUAUGCUAUGGCCCUGAGGCAUGAGAAACAAGCAGAGGCUUCCAAUAGCAAAGCAGUUGCACCAGCUGAGGCGUCUGUAUUCUCUGUUAAGAAAUUUGGCCGAGCUCCUAAUCAUGCUGAUAGUGAUGUGAAAUGCGAGAAGUGUGGUAUGACAAACCAUAACACUAAAAAUUGCAGGGCACAUCUAAAGUGUACCUAUUGCGGUUGGAAAGGCCACACUUAUGAAUACUGUCGAAGAAGGAAGAACUCCAUGGAGGGUAGUCAAGGGCGUGCAAGAGUUAAUCAUGCAGCCUCAUCAAAUGAAGAAGUCAACAAUUUCCCAUUAUCACAAAAUGAGUGCCAACAGAUGCUGGGUCUACUAAACAAAAUCAAGACUACAACAGGAGCUCCAAGUGACAACAAUCAAUUGCUGGAAAUGUUGAAUACAAGCAAGCAGACCUCAGCCAAUUUAGUUGGUAAUCUUCCUAACUAUGAAGAGCUCUCAGGUAAAGUGUAUGCACUCUCAAGAUGUGGUAAAGAAACAACAUGGAUCUUAGACAGUGGUGCUAGUGAUCAUAUAGUCUGUGAUUCUGCUUCCCUUACAUCUUCCAAACUCGUGUAUAAUCGUUUUGUGAAAUUGCCUGAUGGAACUUCAUUACAAGUUUCUCAUAUUGGAACUGUGAUAUUUACCCCAGACUUUGUCCUUCACAAUGUUCUUUGUGUCCCAUUGUUUUAUCUUAACCUAAUUUCUAUCAGCAAACUUGCCUUUGACUCAUUUUACAUAACUAUCUUUCUCAAACAAGUUUGUUUUAUAUAG